AUGUUCCUGUGGCGCUCGGCAAAAAUAAAUAUCGCCCUAACACGCCGUGAGCAGACAGAUCCGCUGCUCGACGGCCGAGUCGCCACCGAAAUGGGACUCAUCGCCAAUAUAAAACAGUACCCGGCCUCGGUGUUCUACAUCUUGGGCAAUGAGCUCUGCGAGCGUUUCUCCUUCUACGGGAUGAAGGCGCUGCUCGUCGUCUACCUCGUCACGGAGCACUCAUUCCAGGAUCACCAAGCAGCCUUCUUCUUCCACUUCUUCACUUGUAUCGCCUAUCUAACGCCCCUCGUCGGCUCCACGUUGGCUGAUUCAUAUUUUGGACGUUUUAACGUCAUCUUGUACGUUUCAAUCUUCUACGUCCUUGGCCAUGUUCUUCUAUCAUUCGGAGCUAUUCCAUUGUUAUCACAGAUACUCCGGUUGUGCUUCGACAUGUCUGGCCUGUUGGUCAUCGCCAUCAGCACCGGCGGCAUCAAGCCGUGCGUUAGUGCUUUUGCGGCAGAUCAGUUCGAAGAGCACCAGAGCGAUCUGCGGGCCCAGUUCUUCUCGUUCUUCUACUUUGCCAUCAACGCCGGCUCGUUGAUGGCCUUUGUGAUCACCCCCCGGCUGCGGUACGACGUCAAAUGUUUUGGGCAGGACCAGUGCUUCCCCUUGGCUUUUGGAGUACCCGGGCUGCUGAUGUUGCUCGCGCUGGUGUUGUUCUUGCUGGGCUGGAAGCAGUACAAACGAUGCCCGCCCAGUCGCGAAAAUAUGGCCGGCAUGGUGGUGCGGUGUAUUGGGACGGCGGCCUAUCGAAAGAAUGCAAAAACCCAUGAAAAAGGGCAGCACCAACACUGGCUGGACUAUGCUGCACCGGAUUUUACUAGAUCUGAGAUCGCGUCAGUAAAGAGUUGCGUGGCCGUGGCGCUGAUCUUCGGGCCAUUGGUGUUGUUCUGGGCGCUGUUCGAUCAGAUGGGUUCCACCUGGGUCUUGCAGGCGCGUCGGCUUGAUGGUCAAGUCGGCUCGAUCACCAUUUUGCCUGAACAGAUUUCCCUGCUGAACCCGCUGAUCGUGCUGUUCGCCGUGCCGUUGUUUGAGGGCUUUUUGUAUCCGGCUCUCCGGCGUGUCGUCAAAGUGACCCCGUUGAGGAAGAUGGCGGUUGGGGGGCUGCUCACCGCGGUGUCGUUCAUCAUUGCUGGGCUUUUACAGUUCAAAGUAAAUGGUACAAUGGAGACGAUCCCUCCUCUCGGCCAUGCCCUCGUCAAACCAUGGACCGCUGGACUAUCCCUCGACUCUUUGCAAGGCCCUGAUGGCCAGAGCCAUCAAUCUGAUGGCUCAUAUAUUCUCCCUCGUGCCCUGUACAACCUCACACUCGGAGGACACCCAUAUCAACUCAACACUUCCAACUAUGGCGAGGCGUUCGCCGUGGGAAUUGUGACCACGGCUGGGGAACCCCGCCUGUGUGCCCUCAACUAUACGCUGGAAAAGAACAACGGCUUCACGCGGCUCUAUAUGUUAGUGCUAAACGAGACGCUGCUGGGCGGCACCAUCCACGUCAUCAAUGAUUUAGAUGAGGUGGUGCAAUCGAGGCCACUACACAGCGGCGAACACAUCGACAUCAAGCCGAAGCUGAUCUCGCGGCCCCACUAUCGCAUCGCGUACGGCUUGAAUUGCAGUGGACUCGAUUGCCCGUAUAAAAUCCCGUUCUACGCACAAAUGGGGUCCAGCCAUGUUAUCGGAAUUGACGGCCACACAACCCCCACCAUCGAGAAACUGGUGCGCGGAAAUGAGGUCUCCAUCCUGUGGAUGAUCCCACAAUGCAUCGUGAUCACAAUCGGCGAGGUUCUCCUAUCAGUGACUGGCCUAGAAUUUGCCUACUCGCAAGCGUCCCCAACAAUGAAAAGCAUGCUCCAGGCCCUAUGGCAGCUGACCGUUUUUGCCGGAAAUGUCAUCGACAUGCUAGUCUCAGGAUCUCACAUCAUCCACGAUCCUGCUUGGGAAUUCUUCCUCUAUGCGGCGAUGAUGGCGGCUGUCAUGAUCUUGUUUAUCUUCUUAGCCGUACGUUACAAAUACGUGGAGAAUGCCGAUUUUUCUGACAUCGAAGAGGACGAGCAUGAAAAAAAAAACGACAUCGCGCUCAGCAAGACGGGUAAAGAUAUAGUUGAGGAGAUGCAG